AUGGCUCGUAUAUUGAAGCUCGCGAGCGUGUUCGCUCGCCUGACUUUGAAAUAUUGUAAAUGCCAGGUCGUCCCUCUGAUAGGCGAGUUCUGCGACUCUCUGGUCAUGGCCGCUCGGGAGUUCCUUUCCCGAGUCGAUUCGGGUUGGGCGGAGUUCCGGAUCCAGGGGAGUCUCACCUAUCUCGGAGUGGACGCCGACAUCGACCCCUCCGUAGACCAGACGGCAGCUCUCGAGGAGGCCGCGCCCCAGGUCUCCCAGCUCCCAGAGGCGCUCGAGGUCAUCAGGGACGUUCGGGGCUCGAUGUUCGCCGGCCGCUUCUGCAAGUCAGGCGCGGCCAACAUCGCGUGCGCCAGAUCCGCGAUGGGCAACGAGCGGCGGGGGGCCCACCUGGAGGCGGCAAGGGAGUUCGGCACAGACAACCUCAUCGAGCGCGAGGACAUAUGCGAGAAGUUCGUGUUCGGUGGCAGAGGCCGCAUGGGCACCCUGAUCCUAAAGGCGUUCGCGAUUGCAGCGUCCAUGCGUUGCGCGAAGGCCGACGCUCGCGUGUCAAAGGCAGCCAGACGCCUCGAAGUGCGGGACCUCCCCACGGGAGUAAAGUCGGGACUUCCCUACGGGGAUCGAGUCGUCGCCGACGCAUGCCAGACAGAGAGCAGGCCGGCCAGGGAGUGGUUGGCAGAAAACGGCCCGGGAUCCAGCCAGAACGAAGCGGGCCUUGACAUAGACGACCUCAGCCAGCGCAGCAUCUCCAUCGGUGGCGGCACCCCAUGGAGCGCGCUCGAUUUGCUGCGUGACGGGCGCCCUCUACCAGUGCAAGAUUUGUCUGGCGGGGACCUGCUCAUCGCGCUUGCGCGGCGCCCAGUGCUCGAGAAUUGCCGCGAGAAGGACAGCUCGCUCAGCCAGGAGCGGUCGCGCGCCAGUGGAGUGAUCAAGCUGUUCGUCGGGCUGGCGAGGCGAGCUAUUCCGCGGGGCGCCCUAGUCGCCAUCGGGUGGCCCUGGCAACGUCACGGCCGGAGCGGGCCUGAGGUCGCGGAGUUGCGGCGGCUCUUUCUUGGCGAGCGCGGAUUCGACGGCACCGCCCUGGGCCCCGCGGGCGAGCGGACGGGCCAGCACGUCAAGAAGCCGCGGAGGGCGCCCACGAAGCUUGCAGUCGCUGCAGAGGCCCCUGAGAAGGAGGUGCCCCGGCACAUCGCCACAUCGACCGCCGCCAGCGGCGACGCGGAGGGCGGGGGCGCCAGCGGCGACCCCCGGGGCAUCUCCGCCGAAGUCCAGUCCGAGCAGCGCGUCGUGCUGAUCAGGGCCGCGGGCAAGGUGCCCGCCAACUCGGACAUCCAGGCAACUGGGCGCUGGCUCGGGCGAUCCGUCUGGCUGGAGGGGGUCUACCAGACGUUCCUGAAUCAGAUCGACAUGGCGACCAAGUACCAGAUCGCGGUGCCGGCCGCCUCGCGCAAGCCCACCUUGAUUUGGCAGGCCACGCUGGACAGAUGGCCCCGCGCACUCAGCGCCCCCGUCGCGGCGACGACGGACACAGCGGCCGAGCUCGAGCGCGAAGUCAAGGAGAAGCACGAGAACAUGGGAUCGAAGAUCAUGUCGAGCGCCGCCUACAACCCGACGCAGAACGCCAUCUGCGAGAGGCACAGCCAGACCUGGAAGGCCCAUGCUCGAGCUCUCGCGCCAGAGUGCCGCAUCUCCUUCGACAAGCCGGAGCAGCUGCAGUGA